AUGAAGCAAACACACAGUAUUUUUGUUCUUCUAGGUGUAGCCGCAUGUUCUACAAUUAGUUCUGCGGGAGGCGAUGUCUUCUCCCUCCCUCGAGGCUUAGGUCCUGAAUUUGCUAAAUAUUACAAGAACCCAUCGACAUUCACAUGCAUUUCCAAUCCAUCUAUCAAAAUCCCUUUCUUCGCAGUAAAUGACGAUUACUGUGAUUGUCCUGACGGCAGCGACGAACCGGGUACCUCAGCAUGUGCCUCUGUAUCAUACUUCUCUCCCUUCGAUCUUAGAGAUGAUGGGGUUAAUCGUACUCCAGCCCUCCCUGGAUUCUACUGCGAAAAUAAAGGCCAUAGGCCAUCCUUUGUGUCAUUCCAACGAGUUAACGAUGGCGUCUGUGACUAUGAAGUAUGCUGCGACGGCAGUGAUGAGUGGGCUAAAGUUGGUGAUGUGAAAUGUGAGAACAAGUGCAAAGAAAUCGGAAAGGAAUGGCGAAAGAAUAAUGAACAGAAACAGAAAUCGUUAACUACAGCAAUUAAAAAACGGACAGAACUCGUUGCAGCUUCAAGAAGAUUACGAAAGGAGGUGAGGGAUCACAUUUCAGAUCUCGAAGUAGAAAUCAAGGCCUCAGAGUUGAAAGUGGAGGACCUAAAGGCGGAACUUGAGGCAGUUCGGGCCAGAGAUAGAGGCAAGGUCGUGACCGGUCAAAAGCAAGGGAAAGUUAACGUUCUUGCUAGUCUUGCCAAGGAGAGAGUUGAAGAGCUACGAGAAGCGUUGGUGGAGGUUCGCCGUGAAAGAGAUGAAAAUUUGGCUCGAGUUGCCGAGCUUGAGGCCAUCCUAUCGAAAUUUAAAGAGGAAUACAACCCAAAUUUCAACGAUGAAGGGGUAAAGCGUGCUGUCCGUGCUUGGGAAGACUAUGAUGCUGCACAUCAUAAUACAGCUAGCGGCAGCGAUAAAGAGCAUAACCGAGAUCUGGAUGAAAUAUGUAAACCCGAUAGUAAAGAUUCAGGUAUUAACUGGGAGCGGUGGGAAAGUGUGCAAGAUGGUGAACCUGAAAUUACCUUACUUUACAAAAUCGUCGCGUAUUUCCCCGACUCAUUGAUUAACUACAUUGAAGACAAAGUUCUUCAGCUCAGGUCCUUCCUGGUAUCCAAUGGCGUCCUUGACCAGUCCUAUAGCUACUCAACUGCUAAGGAAUCUGAAGGCAUAAAAGCUGCUCGCAACGCACUUUCUGCGGAAGAGUCAUCCUUAAGCACAGCUCGCUCCCAGCUGGACGACCACAAAGCGGAUCUUAAGAGGGACUACGGCCGUGAUUCCGUAUUCCGUUCGAUGAAAGGUUCAUGCAUAUCCAAAGACUUUGGUGAAUAUACGUACGAACUCUGUUGGAUGGACCAAACCAAGCAAAAGUCCAAGAAAGGUGGAUCCCACACGACCAUGGGCAACUUCGCCAGGUUUACCACCAUCACUGUCGAUGAGCAGAAUUUCUCAGGCAGGGUUGUUCCCCGAGAAAGAGUAGGUCUGGAAUACACCCAUGGACAAACUUGCUGGAAUGGACCUGAACGAUCUACUAGGGUUAUUCUUGAGUGUGGGGAGAAUGAUGAGAUAUUGAAGGUUUCUGAAGAUGAAAAGUGCAUGUACAGUAUGUUUGUAACCACUCCAGCAGUAUGUGAAGAGGCCAGUAUUAAAGGCGAUAACGAUCACAAUAUUAACAAGGAUGAGCUUUGA